AUGCCGAAAGUCCUCAUCUUCGCCGGCGCCCCCGAGGCCGACUGGUCAUCCCCGGAUUCCCUCAUCCUCUCCGCUCCGCCCGCACCAUCCCCAAUAAACCUAUCGCCGGCCCCCAUAUCGGCAACUUCAUCGCCAACCUCAACACCAGCAAAUCAAAAUGUAACCGCAGCAAACACAACCACAAUAGCCCUCCCCUCCUGGCGAUCCCUCCCACUACACCACAAGCCCCUAGCAACAGGCUACUCCCAACCCCACGGCCUCCCCUCAAACUUCCUCCCCCCAGCCCACUUCUUCUCCCUCUCCCGGGACGUCCACACCCAAGAAACAACAACCGACGACACCUCCACAACCACAACAGACUCCCAAGAUCAUCUCCUCUCCCAGCAAUUCUACAACCACUCCCUAGCUCUCCACCACGACCUCGCAUCCUCCCAACUCCCACCCCCUCCAUCCGCAUCACAACCUCCACCCAAGCACACAGACAACACCUCCUUCAACACGACAACAUCCUCCUCCUUCGUAACAGAAACAACAGACUCCUUUGAAGAUACCACCACAGCAGACCUCUCCACCUCAACCAUCCCGCCACCCCUCCAAACAUCCCACCACCUCUCCGACCUAGAAGACAUACCCCCCGCCCCCUCCCUCCUUGCUCUCGCACCGCAAACCGUAACAGUAAACCUCAUCGCGGGCGUGAUCUCCAUCUCCACCCCGCGUGCCGUGACAACUCGCUGGGGCAACGAGCUAUCCCUCGUAGAAGUGCUCAUAGGGGAUGAGACGCGCGCUGGAUUCGGUGUGACGUUUUGGUUACCUUCGAUGCCGCCUCCUCCCCCGGCAGCUGCCGAGAAGAGCACCGGGAUGACAGCAGCAGCAGGGGGUCCGACGUCGCCGGCAAACCUGCGAAGACAAGACGUCGUGUUACUCCAGAAUGUGGCGCUGCAUGUUUUCAAAGGGAAAGUGUACGGGCAGAGUCUGCGGAAGGGGUUGACGCGGACGACGGUGCUGUAUCGACGGAAGUUGGGGGAGGGUGAUGAGGGCGGGUAUUAUCGUCCUAGGGAUCUUGAGAGGUCUAUCAACGCCGGCGAUGGAGGAGGAGGAGGAGGAGGGGAUAGGGAUGGGGAACCGACGACGGUGCAUCCGCAGCUUAUCAAGACUAGGAGGGUGUGGGAGUGGGUGAUGAGGUUUGUCGGCGGCGGCGGCGAUGAGGAGCAGAGGACGACGGUGAGGGGGGUUAUGAGGAGGGGAUGGGAUGCGUUGCCUGAUGAUACCCAGUGA